GCGCCUUCCAUUUUCUUCCUGCAGUACACAGAGUUCGCCAUCCUCCGCCCUCCUCUCUCUCUCUCUCUCUGGAACGCUACCAGUAACAGCCAGAAGGAAGAAGUUGGUUGCUUAGCAAGAUGGUGUCAUUUGAAACAAGUGAUUUGAGAAAAAUUGGAAUAGGAUUGACUGGGUUUGGAGUGGUGUUCACUGCUGUUGGAGUAUUGUACUUCUUUGACAAGGGACUUAUUGCAAUUGGAAAUAUACUCUUCUUGUUAGGAUUGACCUUGACCAUUGGAGUUAAAUCCACCCUAUUAUUUUUCACAAAGAGCCAAAAUUUCAAGGGUUCAAUCUCAUUUGGUGUUGGCUUCUUCUUUGUUAUGAUUGGGUGGCCUAUGAUUGGAAUGAUCGUGGAGACUUAUGGUUUUUUUGUGCUCUUCAGUGGUUUCUGGCCUACCCUUGCUAUUUUCCUGCAGAGGUUACCAAUUGUUGGUUGGUUCUUCAGUCAACCAUUUGUGACAUCGUUCUUUGAACGUGGGAGACCUAAACGAGUGCCUGUUUGAAGAUCCGAAUCAAAUGAAUCAUAAACAUUGAAUUGACUGGUUGCUGUAUAGGGCUGCGUCUGCUGAAAAUUCAACAUCCUCCUAACUUUGUCCUUUCCAGUGCAUUGUGGUUGACAUGGCUGAUUGACAAACUGGCUUUCACAUGUAGAAAAAACUGUCAAAAUCCUCCCUGGAUUAGGGCCUUUGCUGUCUGAUUUUGUAUUUCACCAUGGUUUGUCUGCAUGCUUCAGCAGCGGUUAACUGGUAGAACUUGCUGUACAGUAUUUGAGCGAAAAUACUGGUUUUGUGGAUGGAUAUAAAAACUGGCUUGUAAUC